AACUGCAAAAUGUCACUUUCAGAUGUAAACAGUUGCAUAACCUAUAAGUAAUACUAAAAUAAAAUAAAUAAAUUGACUUGAAUAGUAAUUUUCAUACAAGUUAAGAUUUAAACGGCUCAAAAAUAUGAAUUGCCUUCGUCUCAUUCGGCUAAAUCCUCUACAUAUGACAUUAUCAAGAUUAGGCACUGUGAAAUUUAUAUCCCAUCAUCCAUUCAAAUUUACGGAAAGUCAAGAUAAAUGGAGACAAAUAGAUCAAAUGUCAGACAGAUGGGACCUCGUAUAUAAAGCGCCUAUGGGGACUGUCCUUAAUUUUUCAUCGGCAUAUUUGACAGCGUCGUCGUCAAUUCUAUCAGCUGGCGCAGUUUAUUACUCUUUGUUUAUGUUUGAUAUUACAAAACUUAACGAUCCGAUAAUAAUCGGAGACGACGUCGUUAUUGCCAACAAUAUGUAUGAAAGUUUAAUAUAUGUCGGUGCUUACAUUAUGUUCCAUGUUGCUCUGAAGAUCUUAUUGUCAAAAUUUGUUGUACGUCUAUAUAAAAAUGGUGAUGAAUAUACAGCUGUUUAUAGAGGAAAUUGGUAUAAUAGUAUAUCAAAACACAAAUUCCAUCUAAACGAAUUCAAGAAGUUGAAUCCAACAUUGGUAGUAUCCUGGGGUGAAUCGAGAUAUGCACUUGGAAAAAGACAUGGAAUUCUACUGGACAACUAUUUCAAAUCACCAGAAUAUUUAAACUACUUAAUUACUAAAAAUAAAAUAGGAUAAUGUGUACAGAGUGAUACAUCUAGUAUCUAGGAUUAUAUAUAUUAUAUGUAUUUAUAUUUUAUCAAAAUUGUUUAUAAUGAAACAAUUAAAAUUCAGUUAAUAA